GCUGGCCGCCGGCCGGCAGCGCGGUGCGCAUGUACUGAUCACCCUGCUGCCGGCGCCGGUCACCGGGCAGCUGCUGAGCACCCUCCGACAACACGGUGUCCGGCUGUUCGUCAUCAGCGUCGACCUGAGCCGCAGCGGAGAGACCGACUAUUCCGGCACGGCCGGAGCGGUGCGCAUGGUGCCUCCGCCGCCGCCGCCCGCACCUGGCCGUGCCCCGGCCACCGUCCUGACCGCUGACCUGUGGCCGGAGGCGGAGCCGCGGCAGGGAGAGGGGACAGAGGGCGAGAGUUGGACGGCGGCCGUGACGGCGGUGACCGCGCUCAGCGCCCACCUGCUGCCUCUACUGGACGCCAUCUGCCCAGACCCGGAGACGGCCGAGUGCGACCUGUCCACCCUGGACGCGUUCGACGCCGACGACCUGACCCGACACGUGACGACACUGACGUUCCCGGGCGCGGACGGCGCGCCGAACUCGUUCCUGGACAGCCACUACCUGGCCUCGGCGCCGCUCCAGGUGGAGAGUCUUUGGGUGGACCCGGGGUCGGACGAGGGCGCCUACUGGCAGCCGGUCGGUAACUGCACGGUGCAGAACGGCCUGCAGCUGGAGCUGGAGCAGCUGGUGGCGUACCGGACGGACGGCGAGCCGGUGCCGGCCGCCGAGGUGCGCUCCACAUGUCCCAGCUGCCAGCCGCCGCCCGACCAGACGCACAUCAUGGAGGUGGCGCUGGCCGGCUCCAGCUACCAGCUGGCGGUGCUGGCGCCCGUCCACCGCGAGGGCGCCGACAUGUUCCGCUGCGGCCCGCUGGCCGACACGGAGACGCUGCUGGGCGUGGCGGCCGCCGCCUGGUCGGUGGCCGCCUCCCGCCUGCCGGUCGGCGCCCGGGUGCUGGACACGUGCGGCCGACCGGAGCGCGCGCGCGACCAGCUCUUCUCGCUGCUGAGCUCGGCGGCGGCCGACCCGCGCCGGCUGCUCGGGGUGCUCAGUCUGUCUGAGCCGGCCGGCGCCGCCGUGGCCGGCAUGCUGCGCCAGGCGGGCGUGCCGCACGUGUGGCUGCCGCUGACAGGCCACGGCGGCGCCUACGACCGGAUGGUGGGGCCGUACCGGGCCGUGCCGCCCGUCGAGCUGGAGGUGCACGCCGUGGUGUCGUUGGCGCGCCGGUUCGGCUGGCGCUACCUGUCGGUGCUGCACUCGACCGACCAGUACGGCCUGUGGGCGCGCCAGCUGCUGGUCGAGACGGCGCCGCAGCACGACAUCUGCGUCGGCUCGGUGAUCGGCGUCGGCGGCGGGUUCGGAGCCGCCGAGGCCGAGGGCGCGCUGGCGGAGCUGGGCCGCGACUCGGCCGCCUCCACCGUGGUGGUGCUGGUGUCGCGGGCCGAGCAGACGCGCCGGCUGCUGGCCGCGGCCGCCGCGGCUGAGGACGGUCUCCGGGAGCGACUGCUGUUUGUGGUCGGCCGGCACGGCGGCCCGCCGCCCGACGACGAGCGGCUGGCGCCGGCGCUGCGCCGCGCCGUGUUCGUCUCGCUGCCCGAGUCGCCGCCGAUGACGGCCGUCUCCCGGUGGCUGGCCACCAUGAGCGCCGAUUCGCACGCGCCGCUGCCGGACGAGUGGUUCGCCGAACUGGCAGAGCGGCGUCGCCAGUGCGCGGAGGCCGCCGCCGACGGCCAGCCGGCGUCGGCCGACUGCGCCGCGCUGCCCCGCGAGCAGAGCCCGCCACCUGUCUCUGCGUACGUGCACCAGGCGUCUGCGGCCGUGGCGGCGCUGCUGGACACGCUGUCCCAGUACCUGCAGCGCCACUGCGUGCCCGGACAGCCGUGCGCGCAGCUGGUCGGCGCCGAGCUGAUGGAAGCGCUGGACGCCCGUCUGGCCAACACCUCGUCUUCCACGCCGCAACGGCCGCGGCUGCUCUCUGCCGAGCUGCAGCUGUGGGCGGUCCCGGACGGUCGCCGGCCGCGGCCGCUGGCCUCCUACGGGCGCGGUCUGCUGCGGCUGGCCCAGGGCGAGGCCGGCUGGCGGGCCGCGCUGGAGCAGCACCGCUCUGAGUGCAGCACCGGGCCGUGCCUGGCCACCUGCGCGCAGCAGACGGAGCUACUGGCGCCGCGCGCCGGCGGGCCGCCGCCGGAGCCGGAGCCGGCCGCGCUGCGGUCCGUGUUCGGGGUGGUGAGCGUGGUACUGUCGGCGCUAGGUGUUCUGGUGGCGCUCGGCUGUCUGGCCUACUUCAGCCUGUCGGCCAGCAGCCGCGUCUGCCGCUCGCCAGUCGACGCCCAGGUGCUGGUCGGCCUGAUCCUCAUCUGCUGCGACAACGUGGCCUUCCUGCUGCCGGCCAGUGCCGGGGUGUGCGGCGCGCGCCGCUUCGUCACCGGCCUGGCGUACGCCACCGUGUACUCGGCGCUGCUGGUCAAGAUGAUCCAGGUGUGGCGCGUGGCCGGUGGCCGGUGCGACGAGCUGUCACAGCGCGGCGCUCUGCUGCUGGUCUCGCUCUGCCUGCUGGCCGUGCAGGCGCUGCUGGGCGCCGCCUGGCUGGUGCUGUCGCCGCCGCGCGCCCAGACGCUGGUCGGCCGACUGCGGUGCGCGCCCGCCGGCCGGUUCGAGGCCGAGCUGGCCGUCUCGCUCAUCUACGUGCUGCUGCUGAAGCUGGGCCUGGUAUGUUUCUGCGCGGCCGGCUGGCGCGGCGAGUCGGCGUCGGGCGGCCGCGAGCCGGAGCCGCGCUGGCUGCUGGCCACUGCCGGUCUGACGGGCGCCGCCUGGGCCGGCUGGCUGGCCGCCGUGCUCUCCUGGCCGGCUGAGCACAGCGCCGCCACCGCCACCGUCAUCUGCAACCUGGUCUGCGUCUGCGUCUUCUUCGCCUGCCUCUACCUGAGGAAGGUGAUGCUGUUCAACUAUUUGUGGCGGAACCCCGACGACCCGGACCUACCCUCGCCGGUGACCGUCUCCACCAUCAACAACUCCUUCCUGAUGCAGAUGCCGGCCAAACUGAAAAACUUCUCCUUCGUGCGCACACCACAGCUCUCAGAAAGAAUACAGGAGAACGCGCGCACCUGGAACCCGGCGACCGAGGAGAACGGAGCCUCGCUGAGUUUCGCCGACGACGAGAGCGUCGACCUGGACCGCUCGCUGUCCGUGCACGAGUUCACGCUGUCGGCCGAGCAGCGCAGCCGUAUCACGGCCGCCGCCUGCCUCCAUGUGGAGACGGUGACCAGCAGCUCGGAGAGCGAGGACAUGGACCACUACGACACGCCCAAGGCGCUCAACGAGCUGGUGCGCCGGCUCGGAGACCGCACCGUGCUCGUGCUGCCCACCGACAACGCCGAGGGACAGGACGAAGACUCCAAGAUUUGAGGUGGACAUGUCGUCUACCGGGGGCGUAGACAACCAACGAACAGCGUUACAGCGCACAAUGGAACCUCGUCGGUAAUGCGAUACGCUCUCACGUCGUCGACCGACAGUAUUGUGAUAUAAUGGACCGAACGGGCCGCCACUGACCUGGUAGGGGACCGACAUCGGCACCGGGAGAAACACUGGGCGGCUCAGGACUGCUGUCGUGGACGAACUGCCAGAGGACUGACCGGCACGUAUGACAGAUCGACAGCUGACAGUCCGGCGUGGCCUUCGUGGAUAUGAUGAACCAGUAUUAUGCAAACGGUCCUUUCGGAGAGCGUCGGUAUACGUGGAUUGCCAGCCCCAGAGUCGGUUGUUAAGGUCGCGAACCCGCCCCACCCAGAGACAGAACAAGCGAGUGUCGAUUCGCUGAAAAUUAUCCCAGCCGAGGCAAGCGGACUCCGACGUGGUGAUUAAGUGAGAGGGGCGGCUACAAGCUCGACGCUUCAGACUACUGUCGGUGAAAUCUCGGGCGCACUCGACACUCGACAGGGAAAUCAGGAUAUACAGCUGUUUUGUUAUUACGCUUUAAAUGUCGAGGCACUUUGUGCAAUUUAUAAAUGACGUACAUUUGUGAUGUGUAUGAAUAUAUUGUAACAUUUCUGUGUGUUAUUUUGACACU